AUGGCGCUUACCGUCAAGCAUCUCAACUCCGAUGCCUCAUUCAUGCUCACAUUCGAGCCUGUGUAUGCAGAUCCCAUCCGGGGUCCCGCCACGGUACCUCAACCUUUCACAGUUCUACUAGAUCCAUGGAUCACAGGGCCAUCCAAGAUUUUCCACUCCAGAAUAUCCAUCUCGACCCAUAAACAUGCUCCAUGCGUAUCCUCGCUCUCUCAGCUCCCGGAGCCGGACCUGGUGAUUAUUAGCCAGCACAAGAGCGAUCAUUGCAAUGAGGCUACACUGCGCCAACUGCCGGCCACUGGUACCAAGACGUUGAUCCUAGCUGAGCCCGCCUCGGCCCGUUUAAUAAGGAGCUGGAAGUACUUCGACCGGGACAAGAUCCGGGUUAUCGAGAAGUGGGAAGACCCGCGGCUGGCCGGCAAACCUGGAGCGCUCCGGAUCCCAGUACCGCCUGUGACGCCGGGUGGCCAGAUGGGCGAGGUCACCGUAUCCUGGAUACCCCAGAAGCGAGACAUUGCCGGCCUCCAUGGCGCCAUCGGCAUUACGUACCGGCCGCCUCCUACACACGCACUAACAAACUGGAUAGCCGCUUCGUCCGUCCUUACGCCGCCUGCGACGCCGGUAUCAAGCAAAGUGCCGGCUCCGUAUGCGAUGCCUCCAGCAGCGUCAACAACAGAUGUUCAUCUCCUGCCGGCGAGCCCACCAGUCUCGCCACAUUCGCUGCGCUCGGUGCAGUCCGCAUCGACGCUCCUGCCGUCUCCUACACAGCUCGGCUACCCAUCUACCUUUAGCCGAAGCAUGACACCGCGGCCGCCGACAGCUUCCUCGGGCUCCCGCCCUAUCUCUGUGGUCUUUUCUCCACAUGGAAUCUCAUACUCGCACCUUGCACCCUGGGCAACGAGUCAUCUAGUAUCGGAGGCCGCCCUCCCCCUAACGGCGCUGUUGCAUUGCAUGGAUAGUAUAACUAAUCCCUGGUGGCUCGGCGGGAACAUCUGCUCUGGGACACUGACGGGCGCGGAGAUUGCCAAUAAGCUCGGCGCACGGUGCUGGGUUAGUGCACACGAUGGUGAGAAGGAGGUCCGCGGGUUGGCUACACAGUUGCUCAAGGUGAAGCAAUGGCGGCGCGAGGAAAUUGUCGGACUCGUGAGCCCCAGUUCCCGCGCCGAGUUCGAUUCACGGGGCAGGGGGGAACUUAGGAAGGGUUUGGGCUCAGUGAGAGAGGCCGGAACCGAGGUGCUGAGACUGGGGUGUGGUGAUGAGGUUGUAGUAACGGGCGAUGGCACGGUGCUGUCUUCUACCGGACAAGAGGCUGGCCUUCAGAGAAAGGGGACGAAGAUCGGAGACAUACGCCCACACGUAUUGGACGACACAACGCUACGGAGCGCGACGGUCAGUUGA